AUGUUUUGCUACUUGCAAGCACAGAGGCCGCCGGCAGCAUGUGGCAUAUGCUUGGGGAAAAAAAAAGGGAAGCUGGAUGAGUUUGACAGAUGCACGGUUUUGUGUGUUCAGUGGCUGCCUUUUUGUGGGCCUAAGCUUUCCGUGGUGUUCAUCUCAAUCCCUGAGAGCGAUGUUUGCGGAGGUGGCAGCUUUGUCCUCUUUAUGACGUCCUGGCCUUACUGCUGCCAUUCUCCACUUGGGCCCAGCCGCCGCUACCCUGGGUUUUUGCCUCCGGAAACCUUAUUCCCAAGAAUCCUGCAGAUCUGCGUGCACAUCGUGCGCCCAGGUCGGGGACAAUGGCCAGCUCGGCACCGACUUGUUCCAGCAAGCGCUCGCAGCGCGGCUGCCGUUCGUUUGUUCGCGUGGAAGUUCUCAUGA